UUUGAGCAUUUUUUCAAUUAUUCACAUUUUUGCAGUUUCCAUGGCAACGGUGGCCAUUUUGGAAAUUCCAAAGUCCAAAGUCUUAUCUUUACUUACCAUUUACCAUUUAUAAUGAUUUCAUUAAGUUUGGAGCAGUUUGAGAUUUUGGACAUUUUUGCUGUUUCUAUGGUAACGGUGUCCAUUUUGAAAAUUCCAACAACAGUUUCAACAUUGACUAUUAUGCUAUGUUAUAUAUUCAUGAAUUUUGUUUCAGUUUGAUCUUAUAUUCCUUAAGAAAAUGCUGCUUUGAUGUUUUUUUCCAUAGGAUCAAUGUUAAACUUUUCUCAAGUUUCCAUGGCAAUGGCAGCCAUUUUGAAAAUUCCAAGUACUGUUGGUACCUCAGGGCACCACUGCCAACAUUUACAUAAACUUUCAAGAGGUUCCCUCUUAUAACGGAAGAUGUAGAAUUUGAAUAUUUUUUUACAUUUCUGCAGUUUCCAUGGUAACAGCGGCCAUUUUGAACCAUUCCAAUGUCUCUUGCACAACUUCACAUGGCGGUUCAUAUCAUGGUAUAGUUCCAUCAACAUGGGUCUGACCAAUCUCGAGAAAUAGCAUGGACAAAAUGUGUGGAAGAAUAAAAUAAAAAGAACUAGAAUUGCCAUUGCAAGCAAUAGCGGAUGUCACCUUGGUCUGCCAAUUGCCACUAAACAGCAGCCAUUUGGAAAUUUUCCAUCAGUGAAUGCAGAUUUAUGCGUGACAACAGAAUUAUCUGUUUUAAAUUCCAAUGAAUUUGGAGCAUUUUGAUAUUAUUUGUAUUUUUGCUGUUUCCAUGGUAACGGCCGCCAUUUUAAAAAUUCCAAAGUCAAACUACUGCUGCAUAUUGUUUUCCCCAUAAUAAUAUACCAUCAUAUUACAUUUAAUGUCUGUAGACCUAUUUUAACACUAAUGUUCUGGAAUGUUCCAUGAAAAAUUCACCCCCCUCAAAUUAUGCCAAGGAGACCCCCCAGUUGAAAUAAAAAUGUUCCAUGUUGAAGUGUGCAUGAGUCUCUUAAUAUCAUAGAAGUUUCAUAUAAAUUGGAGCACAUUUCUAUUUUUCACAUUUUUGCUGUUUCCAUGGCAAUGGCAGCCAUUUUUUUUAUUCCAAAGUCAGGUGCACAACUACACAUGGUGGUUAACAUUAUGGUAUAGUUCCAUCACAAUUGGUCCAUUCAAUUCCGAGAACUAAGCUGGACAAAAAGUGUGGAAUAAGAAUAAUAAUAAAAAGAAUUGAACAAUAACAAUAUGUCAACCGACCUCCGUCAGGGUGACAUAAAAAAAAGAAACGACCAAUAACAAUAUGUCACCCCAACUCCGUUGAGGGUGCCAUUACUAGAUUUGCCAUUGCAAGCAAUAGCGGAUGGCACCCUUCCCACAUUGCCACUACACUGCAGCCAUUUUGAAAAUUUGAAACAGUAUUUACACAUAAAUACAUUACAACAUAUUUGUUUGUAAAUUUUGUAGACAGUUUUGAGCAUUUUUUCAAUUUUUCACAUUUUUGCAGUUUCCAUGGCAACGGUGGCCAUUUUGGAAAUUCCAAAGUCCAAAGUCUUAUCUUUACUUACCAUUUACCAUUUAUAAUGAGUUUCAUUAAGUUUGGAGCAGUUUGAGAUUUUUGGACAUUUUUGCUGUUUCAAUGGUAACGGUGUCCAUUUCGAAAAUUCCAACAACAGUUUCAACAUUGACUUAUGCCAUGUUAUAUAUACAUGAAACUUGUUUCAGUUUGAUCUCAUAUUCCUUAAGAAAAUGCUGCUUUGCUGUUUUUUCCCAUAGGAUCAAUGUUAAACUUUUCUCCAGUUUCCAUGGCAAUGGCAGCCAUUUUGAAAAUUCCAAGUACUGUUGGUACCUCAGGGCACCACUGCCAACAUUUACAUAAACUUUCAAGAGGUUGCCUCUUAUAACGAAAGAUGUAGAAUUUGAAUAUUUUUUUACAUUUUUGCAGUUUCCAUGGUAACGGCGGCCAUUUUGAACCAUUCCAAUGUCUCUUGCACAACUUCACAUGGCGGUUCAUAUUAUGGUAUAGUUCCAUCAACAUGGGUCUGACCAAUCUCGAGAAAUAGCAUGGACAAAAUGUGUGGAAGAAAAAGAAAAAAAAAGAAACGAACAAUAACAGUAUGUCACCCCAACUCCGUUGAGGGUGCCAUAAAAAAAAGAAACGAACAAUAACAGUAUGUCACCCCAACUCCGUUGAGUGUGCCAUAAAAAGAACGUAACAAUAACAAUAUGUCACAACAACUCCGUUGAGGGUGCCAUAAUGAUAAGAAAAAAAGAACGGAACAAUAACAAUAUGUCACCCCAACUCCGUUGAGGGUGCCAUAAAAAAAGAAUCGUACAAUAACAAUAUGUCACCCGUCCUGCGUCAGGGUGACAUACUAAUAAAAAAAGGAUGUACAAAUAACAAUAUGUCACCCGACUUUCGUCAGGGUGACAUAAUAAAAAUAAGGAAAAAAGAAAUGUAGAAUAACAAUAUGUCACCCCAACUCCGUUUAGGGUGCCAUAAUAAGAAAAAAAGAAACGUAGAAUAACAAUAUGUCACCCCAACUCCGUUGAGGGUGCCAUAAUAAUAAUAGGGAAAAAAAAGAGAGGAAAAGCAAUAUGUCAUCCGACGUUGUCGAUCGGAUGACAUAAUAAUAAUUAUUAGAAACGGGACAAAAGCAUAAAGUCUCCAAAACUCCGUUCAAUGCUAAGCAUUUCCAGUUUCCAUGGCAAUUAAGAAGUUCCAACGAUUCCAAAAAUCACCCAAAACCUGUAUAUGGUGGACACCUAUCUCAUGAUUUUAGGUUGAGGCAUACUCAAGUAAUUCAUCAAAAACAAAAAAAAUAUUUCUUCCAUUUUUGCCGUUUCCAUGAAAACGGCGGCCAUUUUAAAGUUCCAAAGUUUCACUGCCACUCUACUGAUGGUGGUCCUCAUUAUGGUCAACAAUCAUUAAAAUUGGUUUCUUUGACUUUGAGAAAACUGCCUGAGAAAAAGUGGAGGUAUAAUAAUAAUAUAAAAAAAAAGGAGGAAUAGCAAUAUGUCACCCGAUAUUGUCGAUCGGGUGACAUAAAAAUAAUAUAUAAAAAGAAACGUAGAUUAACAAUUUCUCACCCAAACUCCGUUGAGUGUGCCAUAAUAAGAAAACAAAAAGAAACGUAGAAUAAUAAUAUGUCACCCCAACUCCGCUAAGGGUGCCAUAAUAAUACUAAAAAAAAAAGAAUCGAACAAUUACAAUAUGUCACCCGACUUUCGUCAAGGUGACAUAAAAAAAGAAUCGUACAAUAACAAUAUGUCACACGACAUCUGUCAGGGUGACAUAAUGAUAAUAAAAAAAAAAAGACACGUGGAAUAGCAAUAUGUCACCCUCACUCCGUUGAGGGUGCCAUACUAAUAAGAACGGAAAAAACAUAAAGUCCAUAAAACUCCGUUUUGGCGACUUAAAUAACAUACGUCAUUGGUGACUGGUGGAUAGUUUUCUCAUUGGCUAUCAUACCACAUCCUCUAAUUCUUAUAUAAACACAUCAUAACUGUUUUUUUGGCACAUUUGAUCAUACCUAAUUAUCGAUUUUGAAUGGCAUACUAGGCCACAAAAUGUUUCUAAAAAAAAAUUAGAAGACGUGAUUUGAUUGCUAAUAAAACAACUCACCACCAGAGACCUAAUAACGUAAAAUUAGUAGCCUUAGGUCACUUUACAGCCUUCAUCUAUGAGCAAAACCAUCGCAUUGUAAGCCAUUAAAGUACCAGAAACGACAAAUGUAAAACAAUUCAAACGAGAAAAAAACCCGCUUGAUAUAGGUACACAACAUAUAAAAAAAAAAAGAAGAAGAAAUGAUAUUCAGCAACAAACAAAAACAACUGAAUAACAGGCUCCUGACUUGGGACAGGCACAUAAUGAUUGAACCGGUGUUAAACAUGUAAGCGGCGCCCACCCCUGCACUUGACCUUGGACAUAGGUACAACAGCACAACACAAGAACAAAAUUUACAAAACAAUAGAUGAAACCAAAUAUGACAAACAGCAACAAACGACAACCACUCAAUUACAGGCUCCUGCCUUAGUCAAACACAUAUAGAAUGUAGCGGAAUUAACAUUUUUGAGGCGCUGAACCCUCCCCAAACCUGGAACAGUGGUGUAACAACACAACACUUUUUGUUUUAUAAAUGUCAGUUGAAAAAGGCUUAACUCAUCAGAUCGAUACAAAGCUCAAAAACUACUAACAAAAUACAAACGACACAAAGGAAAUUACAUAGGGUACUCGCAGUUUUUGAAAGUUAGUUCAAAUCCAAAUCCAAUAACUAAUAAAAAUUCAUUUUUCUUAGACUAAAAAAGCUAUCAGUGCACACCCAACGUCCAUGGAUUUAGUGUAAAGACGUCAUUAACAGUCAAAGAAACAAUCAUGACCUUGUGAAAGGCCAAACUAAAGGUUAAUAGACAGCAAAGAUAUAUUAGCAUGGUCCAUGGUUAUUGUUAGAGAUGGACGAUAAUCUGUUUCUAUCGAAUCUUAUUGAAAUUACAACAAUUGCGUUAGAUGUACUGCAUAACUAUUUUGAAUUGAAAAUAUUAGAAAACAAACCGUUUAAAAUUUUUUUGGAAGAUAUUAAACACAUUUUAUUUUAUGCGGCUUAUUCAAAAAAUCCAUGUUGCCAAUGUAAAGAGGACACAGUCUUAGGAAAAAACAAAAAGAAAUUUAAGAUAUCGAAACACCAGUUUGAGCGGCUAUAUGAUAUAAAUGACACACAAAAAGACAAAGAUCAUUUGAAGACAGAUGACAAAAGGAAAUCACUUAUUCAAGACUGUGUGUGUCCUAUAUCUGUAAAACAAAACGUUGAAAUCGAUAUCAUGGAUAUCAAUUUUACGUGCAACAUUAUCAAGCAUUGCUGUAAAUCAACACCUCCUGGGAAACCAAAAUGGCUCGACUAUAUCAAGGAAACAAGAAACCAUAUCAGCCACGAGCAGGUAGAAAAAGAUUAUUAUGACCAGAGAUUUCCAAAAACGAAGAAAACUAUUUUGAAAAUAGCUAACACGGUUGGAAAUAUGUAUCACAAACAGAUAAAAAAAAGACUUGAACGUUUGAAGGACGACAGAUAUAAUGAUGUACUAGAGUCUGUUAAAAACAUGAUAAAAGUUAGCUAUGACCAAAUUCAUGUUGAGAUAACAUCCUUAAACGACAGUCGUUCGUUCCAAAGAGGAAAUUUACCGUUACCAGAUGACAAGAAGUGUUAUCUCGAAUGGAAAAUGGAAACGCCAAAAAACUGGCUACCUGAAAAAAUGAAGCAAAUCCUUGAAUCAACAAAAAGAAUUAAUAGAUGGUUUGAGAUAGAGUUUGUGUUUGUAGGAUCUUUAAUAAUAUCAACAUCAAUUUCUGGAUUUGUACUAAAUCACUCAGAACUACUGCAUGAAGCAAUUGAAUCGUUUCUUAGAGGAAUGAUAGAGUUGUGUGCAAUUGAUACUUCAAUUUCCACAAUUCUUAAAAUCGAAUUAACAGUUUUUGACAACAAGGCCAGCAGUGUGCAAAGUUUGAUGUCCCAUAAAGAUCAAUUAGAGACAAGUCAUCAUUGUAUACUCAAUGAAGAAGGAUGUAGUGAUAUCGAAAAGGCACAGACUCCUGACACUGAACGUGAAGAUAGUUUCAUAUUAGAAGGAAAACAGAAAACGUUGCACAAAAAAGGUGAACGCAGAGCAUCAAUAGGAUUUUUAGAUGUCCCAAAAAGUCGAAGUCGCAGCCGCAGCCCAAGGCAAGAAUUACAGGGAGACCAACACAUCAAUGAAGGCAGUUCAACAAAAAUCAAUCGCAGAAGUCGAAGUGCUGGUAAGUCUUUAAAAAAAGCGAAAGAUACGGGCAGUGAUAGUAGUAAUCUCGAGUCAAAGGGUUUUGGAAGUAGGAGUCAAGUAUGGUCGUCAAAAGCAGAAAUCCAACAGUCUGAACAAGAUACAUGUAGAACGGAGUCCUUAUACAAUCGAGCAUCAGAUCCCGACCCACAUAUAACAGAAAUGAGUGAAACAUAUUUCAAUCGCUUAUGCGUUCUUCUAGUGGUUAUGGCACAGGAUGUUAGCAGAAAAUAUUUUUCCGUGAACAUAUUGAAAUCUGAAAGUCUUAGUAAUUAUCUUGAGCGAUACAAACACACUUUGUUUCAUCUCUAUUCGAAUAUGAAAUGUUGUGUCUUUAAAUGUAACAAUGAGCAAUCAAAAAUAUUUUCGAAAGAGCAAUUUGACAUGUUAUAUGAAAAUGACAGAACCAAGAUUAAAUCAUCGCACAUCAACAAGAGUUGCGGUAGAACCGAACAGACAUGUAUCUGUGGAAUACAACCCAAGGAAGGUAUUGAUGUUGAUAUGUUAGAUGUGACUUUGAUUGCAUCAAUUACUUUAACCUGUGAAAAAGAUACAAAGGCAUUUGAAAGGCACUGCAUAGAAACAUGCUUUGGAACAAUAGCAGGAACAAGAAAUAAGGUUUUUCACUUUUCUGAUAUAAAGAAAAUGUCAGUUGAUGUAUUUGAAUAUUAUUGGCUUAAAGUUUCCGGGUCUGUUGAGGUGAUAUGUAAGUUUAUAAAUACGGAAUACCAACAUGAAAUUCAGAGAAGAAUCCAGGAGCUCAAAAGUAAAGCUUUAGUGACAUCUGAUAUGUUGAAACAGGAAGAACUGUGCAGAGCAGAAUGGAGACACAAAUGUGCAGAAUUUGAGAUUAUAGCAAAUGCUGAGCUUCUGGAAAACGAAGAGUUGUAUGCAAACUUCAUGACUGGUAAAGCAUAUCAUGAAAUAUUCACAAAGAUAGAUCGCCUAAACUCUGACAUUGAAAAAACACAGAUACAUUUUUAUGGCAGUGAUAAAGUUUCUCAUAUGUUGGACUCAGCUGAUCCAGAAAACUAUUCAGGAAAGACGUUUGUCCCUGUCUUACUUUUACUUGAAGUUCCAGAAAAAUGGGAUAAACAGAGGAUAAUGGAUUCUACAUACAAAAUGAAAAUUGCAAUGAAACAAGACAAAAAUAUUGAGAUUAAGUCAUGUUCUGCAGAGGAUCUAAACAUUCUAGCCUAUAUCUUUUGGAAAAUGUUUUCUGAUAUACAAAAGUUAAGACUUGAAAUGCAGCUUUUCAUUGGUUCAAUCCUAACAUUUGCGGGCAUAAAUACUACUAAGAAAGAAAGCAUGCAAGUUUGUAUGUUCAUCAAUGACCAACACAAACAUUCACAACGUAGAAGAGGAUCACACUGGAUCAGAUACCGUAACAAGAACAUACCUAUGUUCUGACUUACAUCUUUAAUUUGCCCUUUGCAGAAUAUCUCAAAGAAGAUAUGCUGUUUGUUUUUCUUCUUGGAAACAAAUUUAGAGGAACAAAAUGAGUACCCAAAUUGCAAUGAGUACCCAAAUUGCACCCAUUUAGGAAAAUAGCAGCGGAAAUCUUACAAGUUUUCUUAGAGAAUUAACAAUUUGUAUUUUUAUGAUUUCGUUUGACAUUAUGUUUGUCUUUCAACAUAGCUAAAUAUAUUCAAAUAUACACAAAACGUUCACAGUUUAUUAUAUUAACAGAUGAAGUAGUUACUCCAAAAAGGAAAUUCACAAUGCGACGUCCACAAAAAGUCAACUUUUAAAAAUUAGCAAUUAAAAUAUGUUACAGGCAUCCAUUUCUUGAAAAAAUAAAUAACAAGCAUGAACUAUUGUCAAAUUGUUCUAAACAUUUGAAGAAAUAAAACAAAAAAACCUUUGGAGAAAUAAAACAAAACAUCAGUUAUUUUUACGGACAUGAAUUUAAGCAUGCAUGCAAUUUGAGUCUUCUCAUUACAGAAUCAUGGAUCGUUUGAAGGUCAGUUCAAACCCAUUUUUCUAUAAAUCAAUAUGGAUUCAAAAUUUAAUUGGUGGAACUAUAUAGUAAAUAAGGAUACAUCUACAAAAUAAACAAAGAUUAGAAACGUUUGUCUUGAUCAUAAAUGCACGUAAGUGAAAAAACAGUCAAAAUGGGUGCAAUUUGGGUACCCUCACGUUAACCUCCAAAUGAAAUAAUUUCACAAAAAUUACCAACACAUGUAACAUAAAAAUGAAUAUAAGAUUGUCAUCAACUUUUAAAUACCCUCAACUUCCUUUUCUUUUCACAGGACAGCUUUGUAAUAUGUCUUUCUAGGAUGCUAACUGGAAUGGCUACAUUGAUUUGAAAUAUCUAUUCCUCGAAUGCCGACAAAAUACACGGAAUAGAUAUUGUUUGGCGAAUGGGUGUUAUUAUUGACCAAUCAAAUCGGUAUAUACUAGUUAUACUGCAUAGCUUAGGUGACCCUACUUGACCCCAAACGACGUCAGGAGUACAACUAACAUAAUUAUACCAACUAGGUUGUUCAAUAACAAUUCUAUCACUUAAUCAAACAGAAUAUUUGAUCUGAUUCUUUUUGUCCAGAUUGUUGAGGAAGCACAUAGACCUAGGUGAGUGACACAGGCUCUUUAGAGCCUCUAGUGUUUUUUUUUAUAUCAGUUGGUAUAGUUUUAUGAAAUAUUGAUGUCUUACAAAUGCGUUAUUAAUUUAAUAUGGACCAUUGUUUUACACGCACAUGUACUUUCGCAUUCAUUUCUUGCAUUAUUUAUGAUAUAAUUUCUCAUUUGUUUUUUUAAAUAUAAUCUUUUUCUGUGUGUGCCAUGCUGUGUGAUGUUUGUUCUGACAUUGUUGUACUAGAUGGUAUUGGUGUAAUUGCAUGGUAUGUAUAGUCACCAUUUUCGACAGACAAAACAGCUGACAAGGUAUACCUUAUAAAUGACCCUGAAAUAUUUAUCAUAAAAAAUGUUGAAAAUUUUAAAACAAGAGUACAUUCAUAUAAAAUUCUGUCAAUAUGCAUUAGGAGUUUGACCAAAGACUUCAAAAAAUGGUAUGAGAGGGGAACUUUGAAGUCUUCUAUUGCUGUAUAAGGUAUAUCUCAAUAUGAUUAAAUUUUGGAUAAGACUACAGGGCGUUUGUAAUGAAUCUCAAAAGAACAAAGUUCAAUGAAAUGAUGACAAUCAAGAUAACAAAAGUUUGAUAGCUGCUUUUGAAGAAUCAGUAGCUUUGUCAUCUGCCAAGCAAGAAUCAUGGGUUAAUUGUAUUCAGAAAAUAUUUUAAAUCUUGAACACUUAUAUAUAAAUAUAUCAAAACAUAGACAUUUACAUUGAGGUUCUGAAAAAAGAAAUCACCAAUUCACCAACAUUCCAACUGACUCCAUUUUCAGAAAACGACAUCUGUAACAAACAUAAAUUUUUAGCUACCGCUUUACAUGCAGAACCAAAUACAAUGAAAGUCCCAACUAUGUAUUGGCUUCCAAAGCUACACAAAACACCUUACAAAUAUAGAUUCAUUUCGUCUUCAAGCCAUUGUUCCACUACUAAAUUGUCUAUUCUUCUUACCAGUACACUUGGUACAAUCAAAAACCUGAUAAUAAAUUGUUCAAAUAAGGCCUUCGAAAAUAGUGGAAUUAAUUACUUUUGGAGUGUCAAGAACUCGUUGGAAGUACUUGAUAAAUUGCAUGCAUAUAUUGGUGAUUUUGAAUCUGUUCAAAGUUUUGAUUUUUCUACCCUAUAUACCACAUUGCUGCACAUUCUCAUUAAGAAAAAAUUCACACACCUAAUUGAAUGGGCAUUUAAAAAGUCAGAAUGUGAAUAUAUAUGUUCAAACUCUUUUAGUUCAUUUUUUAGUAGCAAUAAACAAAAAAACUAUGUCAAUUGGACAUGCUUUGAUACUAUAUAUGCCCUUGAAUUUUUACUAGAUAACAUUUUUGUUCGCUUUGGAGAUUCCGUAUAUCGUCAGGUUAUCGGAAUUCCAAAGGGAACUAACUGUGCACCACUUUUUGCGGACCUUUUUUUGUAUUGCUAUGAGUUACAAUUUAUGACAAAAAUCAGCAAAGACCAAUCGAAACAACAUCUGAUACACAAAUUUAAUAAUACUUUUAGAUAUUUGGAUGAUAUUUUGGCUCUCAAUAAUGACGACUUCAGUAUGUAUACUAAAGAAAUUUAUCCUGUUGAACUUACUUUAAAUAAAGCUAAUACUAACAAUGACCACUGCCCUUUCCUCGAUCUUGAUAUCUAUAUCAUUAACGGAAAGCUUAAUACUAAAAUAUAUGAUAAAAGAGAUGAUUUUUCAUUUCCUAUCGUUAAUUAUCCAUUUUUAGAUGGUGACGUUCCCUUGUCACCAUCUUACGGUGUUUAUAUAUCUCAACUUGUACGAUUCGCUCGUGUAUGUAACAAUGUUUUAGAUUUUAACGAGAGAAAUUUAUGUAUUACUGAAAAAUUAUUACACCAGGGUUUUCGAUAUCACAAACUAGUCAAAACAUUUACUAAAUUUUAUCAUCGGUAUAAGGACAUCAUUCGUAAAUAUAGCUCAACAUGCAGACUUCUUAUACGUUCAGGUAUUUCACAUCCAAUUUGUUAUGGAAAUAUUCUUUAUAAAGCAUAAAAAUGUCAGUAUUCACCUCUGAAGCUAACGAAACCUUUAAAUGGACUUAUUAAGAAGGGAUAUAGUUACGAUACUGUUGUCAGGUCAUUAAAGAUUGCAUAUUUUGGCGUUAAUAUUGAUUCACUUAUAGGGUCUAUGCAUCGGCACUAAACACAUUUAUUUAAAAACCAGUUGUUGGCAUGACACGGGUUAUGUUCUUCUCAUAUAUGUUAUGAUGGUAUGAUACUAAAACCCUAACGGGAAGGAUUGUGCCUGAUAUUCAUAUGAUGAAGACAUAAUCUUUCAAUCAGUUUAAUUGAAGUCUGGAGCUGGCAUGUCAGUUAACUGCUAGUAGUCUGUUGUUACUUAUGUAUUAUUGUCAUUUUGUUUAUUUUCUUUGGUUACAUCUUCUGACAUCAGACUCGGACUUCUCUUGAACGGAAUUUUAAUGUGCGUAUUGUUAUGCGUUUACUUUUCUACAUUGGCUAGAGGUAUAGGGGAGGGUUGAGAUCUCAUAAACAUGUUUAACCCCGCCGCAUGUUUGCGCCUGUCCCAAGUCAGGAGCCUCUAGCCUUUGUUAGUCUUGUAUUAUUUUUAAUUUUAGUUUCUUGUGUACAAUUUGGAGUUUAGUAUGGCGUUCAUUAUCACUGAACUAGUAUAUAUAUUUGUUUAGGGGCCAGCUGAAGGACGCCUCCGGGUGCGGGGAUUUCUCGCUGCAUUGAAGACCUGUUGGUGACCUUCUGCUGUUGUCUGUUCUAUGGUCGGGUUGUUGUCUCUUUGACACAUUCCCCAUUUCCAUUCUCAAUUUUAAAUUUUAGAGUUAUAUAAUUACAGCAAUAAAGUAAAAUGGAUAUUAAAUCAUAAUAUUUAGCCAAAUUUAGACUUAGUGAUCAUAACUAAACACAGAGAGGGGUAGAUACCUAAAUUUAGAAAUUAUAACGACAGAAAAUGAAACUCAUGUAAGGAAACAGUAGAAGACGAGAGGCAUUCUUUUUAGACUGCAUGUCCUGAAAAUUGUAGAAUGCCAUUCAUCAAUGAUUUGAAUUAUAAAUGUGAAAAUGUUAUCAAGCUUUCUUCGGAGAUUAAAUGUUCAUGUUUAUGACUAAUCAAGAUAGUUAUGUUUUAAAACUUGUUUCAAUUAUGAUAUCUGAACUAACAGAAAAUCGGGAUUUCUUACAAAAUCAAACCCACAUAUAAAUUAUGAGAAUGAUGGAAUUAUCUCUCCUGUGCCAAAUCUAGCUGGAUAUCUUCAAUAAAGAAAAAAAAUGUACAUCAAUGUUGACAAUUUUUUUUAGUGUUAUGAUUGCGUUAAAAGUUUUUAUACAAUCAAAAUAGCUGUUACUUUAAUGAACCAUUAAUGUCUUAUUAGUUUAUUGUUUAGUUUGUUUAUUAUAUUAUGAAUAAUUACAUUAAUAAAAUUAUCUGUAUCUGUA